AUGGCUCACUUUCCGAAUAUCACCGCUGAAGACAUCGAUGAAAUAAACACAUUCACCAUCAACCUUCUUCGGAGGACCAGACCACAGCUGACGGACGAUCAACUGACGAUUAUUGCCCAUGAUUUGGUAUACAAGGCGGAAAAGGCUAUUAUCUACCAAAACCGAGGACAACCUUUCCAAUUUGGGGCCAGGGACUCCAAGCCGCCACCAACCAAGACCGUUCCCACCCAAUUUACAUGGAAUAAAUCUAUGCAGCAAGGGCGAAGCGUUUUCGAGAGGCUCUACGAACAAACAACAACUUCAGUCAGUAUGAAGUACCGAGCUAAGAGUGAAGCCAUCCAGACAACACCUCGCAGACAGCCCAAGCCCGAGGGAAGAAAACGCACCAGCCUUGCACCUCUUGCAUCCAUAGGGAUCCCUGAAGUAAAGAAGAAGAGGCCAAAUAUCAUCGCACCGUCGAACAACGUGGCGGCCAAGAGAGACGUUUUUGAAAGGCUUUACGCUUCGAGUAGAAACCACUGCAGCAAAGUCAGAGAAAAAAAAGCAUCAAGUAAUACUGAUACAUCGGAAUCCUUAAUGGAUUGUGUCGGGAGUGUGCAGAGGGCUUUGAAUCAGUUGACUCUCAAGAAGUGA